AUGUUCAUCCAAGUUGGAAGCAAGAGAAGACACUGGGCUACUGACCCCUACUCAAUCUGGCAUAUCCACGCUCCCAGAGAUCCGUACCUCCACCAUAGACCUGGAAGGUUGGCUACCCAGGUGCUCCAGGGUCCCGGGAAGGUGUUACUGCCAUUGCCAUUGGAAGUGAUAGCCUAUAUUCUUCUGCACGUUCCUUACCCCAACUUGAAAUUUUUCUACGACAACUUGCCUGCUGGUGACUCUCUUCGUCUGGUAAUCGCAUCGAAGCUUUAUGAAAAUGUUCAUUACGGCCAGUACGAUCCAAAUGACCAAAGUCGCUAUCAUAUUUCGAUUUCAGAGCUUAUAGCACUUGCUAGAGGUGAGAUUAAAGCUCUGAUUCGCUCGUUGUCUUUCCAUGGAUACCAGAAUGAUGCCUUUCUCUCAUUUUGCAUCAGGUAUCCAGUCUUUGUUUCCCAGAUUCCACAGAUCGAGUUUGAUGGCACCCAGGAGUAUUUACGGAGCUAUGCUAGCAAUGUGCCACUCGACAAUAUGGUCAAGUUGCGUUUCGUUGAGGCUGAUGACUUGGAUAUGCAUCUUAUUCCUCCAAACUUGAGGGAAGUGUUUCUAAAUUUCAAUGACUUGUCACCUCCAGUGUUCAAGAGGUGGCCCAGUAAGUUGAGAACUUUAGAAAUACGAGACUGUGAGUCCGUGUUGGACAUCGAGCUUCCGGCUGGCCUUGAGCUGCUUGCAUGCUUCGACUCGGGUGAACUUUGGAGACAGUUCCCUCCAGGACUCAAGAAAUUGAAGUUAGUUUCCAAUGUUGAUACAUUCCUUAACGAUUUCACAUUCCCCGAUCAACUCACAGACUUGACUUUUGACAGUGAUGACUUUGAGGAUCCUGAUAUAGUUCUGCUUCAGUGGCCAACAAGCCUCAAACGUUUGGAUUUGAGCAAUAAUGCCAUCACAUCGUUGGUAGGGGUAUCGUUGCCACGGUGUCUUGAAGUUCUACGUUUAGAGUUUUGUCAAAUUUUCACUCUUGAGAACGUAAAUCUUCCUAGUCUGCUUAAGCAGCUCUACUUGAAAGGAAACCCACUAUCGAGCAUGGAUAAUGUCAAAUUGCCCAACUUGAGAAUCCUCGAUAUCUCUGCAAAUCCAAAUUCCAAUAGCGAAAACAUUGAGUCGUUGUCUAAAGUUCUAUUUCCAUCCCUGCUUGAAAAGUUGGUGGCUGAAGAACAACCUGUGAGUGACUGGUCGAGCACAUUACUCCCCACAGGUUUGAAGGUGCUUCUGAUUCAAACGUCAGAGCAUCCUCUGAGUUUGACAUUUCCACCAACGUUAGAGGUGCUCCAUUUGAAAUUUCCUGAAUCUUCCGAUUCUAGCAUUUUCGAUCUCAAGCUUCCAACGACAUUGUAUCUGCUAGAAGUGAAGAACGGAAUUUCGAAACGAAUUCCGUGGAAUCUUCCUUAUCUAAAGGACAUGACAAUGGUCAAUUUGACCGGAAAUGUCGUCAUACCAGACACUGUGAAGACACUUUCAUUAGAAUCGCAGGACUGGAGUCUCUUUAGGAACUUGAAAGUACCCUAUGGAGUCGAAAAGUUGAAAGUUUCAUGUCUGCUUAAGGAAUACCCAGAUACUGUUGUCGAUUUAGACAUUGAAAACUUUGAUACCCAUGGUGAUGUGCAAAUGCCUCUGCAAUUACGAAGUCUUCGAGUCAAUACUUGUGAUUUUACUGGUCCCAUUCCAGAGGAGAAUUUGAAACUUCCUAAGACUUUGCAGCGUCUCGAAGGGGACGUGGCUGCCUGUCUCGCAGAAUCUGUCAAUUGGAAGUAUAAGAUUUCAUAG